GCCGCAUUCGUCGUGACUUGUGCAGCGUAUGGUGAAAUAAAAGCACGCAGUUGUUUAAUCGUCGAUGAUGUUACGUAGUGGGCCGUGAUAUAGGUGGAAAACACAUUAACAAGUCGUCAGAAGAUAAUAAAGGAGCAACGGACUAGGUUGCUUGCAGUACUGAAUAUGGAAUCAAUGGAUGCACGCCUUGUGGCGCAAGCAUUGAACUACCAUGGUCAACAGUUGCAGAAAGUUUGGGAGGGAGAACGCAAUGAGAAUGAGCUAGCCAUGCUCAAUCUCAAGGAGCCAAAUUUUGAGAUCUACCAACAACGUCAAAAAACGUUAAGUUUUGGCGAUAGAGGAAAAAGGCUAAAGCUGCAGCAGUUUCUUGCAAAGAAGGCUGAUGCACUUUAUGAUAAAUCAAAUUUGGACAAAACAGUUGAGCCUAUUAAGCAGGAAUUAGGAGAUGAAGAAUUUUAUGCCACAAUGCCAGGCCUUGACACUUUUGUCACCAUGGAGAAAUCUCAACGUAUUCGUAACUUUUUGGAGAGUUUGAUCGUUGGAGAUGUUAUUUACGCGCAAGUGAUGGGUAAAAGUGCUGCUGGGCUUCUUCUGAAGGUGCUCUGCAACUGCAGUGAUUGCCCUCGGGUUGUUACGGAUUUAAGUGUUAAGGCUCUAAUAUUGAACACGGCCACAGUGCCGGCGGUGGACAAGAAAGGUGUAACAAGAAGCUACAUGGCAAAUGACCUCAUCUGCGUCGUAGUCAGUGAAGUUAACGUUGAAGCUGAGCGAGUCGUUGCUGUUAUGAACGUACCGCCCCGCGAAGGGCAAGCACCGCACCCACCUAUGGGACUUAUCCAUUCUGAUGCUCUCCCGGAAGCUUAUAAGAAAGCAAUGGACAACGAAGGGCAGUCGUACGAAGCGAUGUUGGAGAAUAGUACUGGCUUCAACAACCCGAACAACAUUAAAUAUCUUUGCGACUUGAUGGGUCUCGGUCAGGAGAAUCAUUCCAAUAUGGUCGGUUUGAGAGAAAGGUUCCCACCCAAUGAAUAUGCAACCGAAUUAAGACAGGCACAAGCUAGUAAGUGGGCGUUCCGAAGCGUCGCUGAAGGCAUAGACCAUUUUAAGGCUGGUCGUCACACGGAAGCUUUCCAGUGUCUUAAUAAGGCACUCAACGUAGACCCUCGAAACGUUGAAGGAUUAGUAGCCCGUGGAGCACUAUAUGCCAAUAGUGGCAGCUUUAAGAAAGCAAUAGAUGACUUCGAGACAGCAUUGAAAUUGAACCAAACUCACACGAACGCUCGUAAAUACAUGGCUGAGACUCUUGUUGCUCUAGGCCGGAGUUACGAGGAUGAGAAGAAGUAUGAAGAAGCCCAAAAAGCGUACGAGAACUGUCUGGCAAUUGUUCCAUUCCAUGAAGAGGCCAGAAACUCAAUUGAAUAUAUUAAAUCCAAGACACUGACAUCGUCAUUGAAUCCAUUGGAUUCAUUCAAGAGUUUUGAGACUGAGAACGAUGUCGCCGAAAAUAAAAAGGAAAAGAAGAAACGCAAGAAGGAAAGAAAAUCGCGUUCGAAGAAGAGACAGAGAUGGAGUUCAAGUUCCAGUUCGUCAUCAAGUGGAUCUUCAAGUUCUUCUAGCUCCGAAACCAGUAGCACGUCAUCGUCUGCAAGUUCGCGUUCAGCGUCUCGGUCACCAGGUCGUAAGCGAAAGCACAAGAAAGAUCAUCGGGGUUCGCUCUCACCCCUUAGCAAGCGUAUGGCUCAAUACAACAAUCCACCUGCUGCUGCAAUUGCACCAGUAUCCUAUAGUUCGAACAGCCGGGAUAAAAUGGAUGAUUACGAGAUAAAAGUACGGAAAUUUUUAGAACAGACGAAAGAUGAUUCUGACUAUGAAGAUAAGGUAAGGAAAUUCCUGGAAGAAACUGCUAGAUGGAAGCGGGAGAGGGAGAAAGAAAAGAAACAUUCGGAAAGUGAGAAAAUGAAGAAGAAAAAGAAAAAGGAAAAGAAGGGGAAAGAGAAAGAAAAGGAGGAUAAGAAGAGUAGGAAGAAAAAGAAGAAAGAAGAGCGUAAGAAACGUAAAAACAAGGACAAGCUUGAACGGGAUUUGGAGGCUCUCAAGAAGUCUUCGUUGCCGGAUUUAGAACAGUUGGAGUCAAAGCUUACUGCUUAUUAUGCAAAAGUUGAAAAAGAAACUGCUGUGCUGAAAAGGUAUGUAGCUCAGUUUAAUGACAUAGCUUCCCCUCUUAGCAACGCGGAGAAACUGGCUGAGAGCUCGCGAAGGGAGGAGGAGCUGCGUAGAGAGAGGGAAAGAGAAAGGGAUGAAGCUUCAAAGGCGUACCACGAACGGGAAGCUAGAGUGCCCAUGACCGCACAACAGCGCAAAGAAAUCCAAAGAAAGCCACUCACAGACAUAUUUGAGCAGGAGUCCCAGCUAAUCCAUCCUGAACCCAAAUUACCUACUCUCGACACGGCUGCAUUAAAUGCGAAAUGGAAAGCUGCCCAAGCAGCUAGGCAAAAGGACGUCAUUCCACAAAAAUGGCAGGACGUUCCUCCGGAGAACAAGAAGAUGCAAGCUAACGUUGAUAGUGAUGAAGAUGAUGAUAACGAACUGGAAGAGAAGCUCCAACGUGCGGCAUUGGAGAAAUCCAUGAAUAUACGGAAGCAAAUGCAACGCGAACUCGCGGAAAAGAGAGCAGCGGCUGCUCAGCCUAUGACUGCCCCUACACCGCCGCCAUUGCCCAAAGAACCACCGAUUCCGAAACAAGCGCCGGUAAAAUAUCCUACGCCACAGCCACAAAACAAAUUCCAAUCGUACAAGGAUCCUUCGAUAUCUGCACCGCAAGCGACGCCUACCAAGUUCAGUUCUAGUAAUAACCUGGGUGGGAAAUUCCAACCAAUUGGUCAGAGCGGUAAUAGUGGAGCUGGCCAUCCGCCAGAACCACCGCGUCCACCUCCGCCGACGAAAAAUCCAAGUCAGGCCAAAGGACCCAGGACCGAUUCUGACAGUGAAACGGAGAGACAGCACAGACAGACGCCUAAGAAACGUGAAUCGUCUAGCAGAGGUGGAGCCGUUUCGAAGAGAAUGAGUAGAGACCGUCCAGCGAAACGUUCGCGCAGUAGGUCGCGCAGUGCCUCCAGCUCGGGAUCUUCAAGAUCUCGUUCACCCCGCAGAAGCCGUUCACGAUCAUACUCUAACCGAAGAUCGGGCAGUUACGAAAGAAAAUACAGUCGAUCUCCAUCAGGCACUUAUAGCAGGUCGCGUUCUAGAUCACGUUCCCGUUCUUACAGCAGAAGUCGUAGUCGCAGCAGAUCUGGAGAUAGAAGUUACUAUAGGAAGAGACAGUUCCGACCGUACAAUAACCGCGGCACUUAUUAUAAGCCACGUUUCCAAGGUUUCAAUAAUCCUAACCAUCGUGGCGGUGGCAAUAAUUUCCAAAAUCGUAAUCGAUUCUAUAAUAAUCAGCAUAACAAUCGUUUCGGCAAUAGACGGGGCGGUGGUUUUAACAAUCGCGGUGGCGGGCGCGGGCGUGGCGGAAACCGUGGCGGUAGAUUCUUCCACGGUAAGCAAGGCUUCCGCGAUUUCCGUGAUAGACGAGACUUUAGAGACCGCCGUGCUAAUUCGCGCGAUAGAUACAGCGAUCGUAGUUACUCUCCCGACCCAAUGAGGAAGGUCGACGAGGCGAAAGAGAAGAUCAACAAAAUGCUUGAAGGCGGAGAUGACGCGGUAGAGCAUCAACAAAGUGGUGGAGGAUCGAACGUCCCUCCUAGUAAAAGACAAGAUGGACCUUUGAGUGAGGGUGAAGAAAGAGACGAUGAUGACUACGAGAGGUGGGGAGAGGGCGAGGGGGGCGACACAGCUAACAAGGUUGGUUAGGUCUCUUCUGUAUAGGCUUUCGCGAGAGAACAGCCUAUCUUCGUGCUGACGAUCAUGAUAAUCCGGAUGAUAUUAUGAGGAAUAAGUGAUGAUAAUGAGGAUGAUGAUGGUGAUGAUGAUGAUGAUGAGCCACACGUGCAAGAAAUGUGCGACCUAGGAGCCAACUAACUCUCGUUUGUUACUAGAAUGAGGAGGUUGGACCUGCCGGCGAUAACCUGGAAGGCAAGGAGUACUUCAUUGAACGCAUGAAGCAACGAAGCAAGACUGUUUUAAUGCAGAGAGCCCUUGCUGCAAAGGUUUGGUAGACCGUUGCCGUUGCUGUUCCCUCGAUUCUUCUCCUUCAUCUGUGAUAUAGUUAUUUUCCUCACCGUUGAACAUCGAUCGGGUCACGUGAGACACUGACUUCUUACUCUAUUCUUGUAUCGAACGAAUUCGGUACACUUGAAACAAAGUGUAAAGAAGAUAGUAUGUCGUGAAUGAAAAGAUAUGGCGAUCGAGAGAAAUACAAUUUCUUAUUCUUUGCUCCUUUAUCAAAAAAUGCGAAAGAAAAUUUAUGAUACAUACACGAUUGUAUUGUACCAUUGAUCAAGAUCUUUGCGUCUGUUUCACUCGAUUGUCAUGUUCGUAUUGAAUGUGUAGUAAAUAUUCGUGAUAUGAUGCACACAAAUGUGCUUUUUGUCGAUGCAAUAACGUGUUCGCAUCACGUACACCUACGAACGUUGACCCCUCUUUUUAUUCGUUAGCGAAAAAAAUUUUAUUCACCUUUCGACUUUAGUACUUAUUCCCGUAUUGUAGAAUUUUUCUUACUUCGAUGUAACAUAUACAUUAAGAUAGAAAGAGAAGCUUCUAUUAUGUCGUACAUUCAUGAAGGGAAGUAUUUGGUCGCAGCAUUUGAUGUACGCGAGUGGCUUUUCAUUAUCAAUCAUUGUCACUAUUAGGAGUUAGUAAUACAUCUUUUGCAAGUUUAAUUAGACACGAAUUUUCUCUCAGUUUACGUUCUAAUUCGCAAGAUUUCAGUGUUACACUUUACGUUUCGAUGUCUUGUGUUUAACACGAACCAACCUUAUAUUAAUUUACGAACAUUUUAGAUUUUAAUUGAUUCAAAUCCUGUUAAAUCAAUUUGAAUUGCCAUGCAGAGACAUUCUUAGUAAAGGAAUAGCUUUUUCCUUGCAUCUAGCAUUCAGGAUUAUUCUUUUGUAAGCGCUUCGUUCUGCAACAAACGUUAUCACAGGACUCCUCUUCAUUACGAAUACUUAUUUUAAGAUCACACAAAUAAUUUACUAGUAAGACACUUAUAUAUGUUGUAUGUAAACGAGUUGCUGUACAAUUCGAAGAUCCGCAAAUACAUAACGUGAAAACAGGAAA